GGAGGCGAGCCUUAAAGGCAAUGCCUUUUUUGCAUAACGGUUACUGACUUCCGACUCCAGUUGGGUGGGGGACGGCGUGUUUCCUCCUCCUGCGCUGAAGCUUGGGCAAGGCAGGAGCAUCCUUUCCCUCAAUCCCAGGAGAGGGGGCAGCCGCAACCAGAGCUGCAGGUGCUUCUCAGUGAAGAUAAUUUGAAGAGAUCAGAGAUGCCUUGGCCAAGCAGAAAGAGAGACAAAGGAGCAGUAGCAGACAAAAAGGAGCCUGAUGCUAAAGUAGCCAAAACUGAGGAAACUCAGAAAACGGAGGAAGAGGAGGAGAAGUCCACAAAACCUCCAGCUGGGAGUUCCAAGUCAGGAUGGAAGAACUGGAAAAAGGCAAAAGAAUCCGACUCUGGUGGGGAGGAAAGCAAGCAAACGUAUUGUCACUGGCUUCUGAAAUCGGAGCCAGAGAGCAGGCUCGAGAAGGGAGUGGAUAUGAAAUUCAGCAUUGAAGACUUGAAGGCUCAGCCCAAUCAGACAACCUUUUGGGAUGGAGUAAGAAACUACCAGGCACGGAAUUUCCUGAGGGCGAUGAAACUUGGGCAGCAGGCCUUCUUCUAUCACAGUAACUGUAAAGAGCCUGGGAUCGUUGGCAUUGUCAAGAUCGUAAAGGAGGCAUACCCUGAUCACACACAGUUUGAUCAGAAGGAUCCUCAUUAUGAUUCCUCCAGCAGAAAAGAGAACCCCAAAUGGUCCAUGGUGGAUGUCCAGUUUGUGCGGAUGACAAAACGUUUCAUCCCCCUUUCUGAAAUCAAGGCCCACCACCUGGCACAUAAAGCUGAUGGAGGCCCCCUAAAGAACAUGAUGCUCUUCACAAGACAACGUCUUUCCAUCCAACCACUGACACAAGAGGAAUUUGAUUUUGUCUUGAGCCUGGAAGAGGAAAAGCCACAUUAAGAAACUGACAGCAGCACAGCUUCCGCCCAACCAGCUUCUCCCUACUCCUAAACCAGCAUAAUCCUCAAGUUCACUCGCUUAAUCACAGCAACAAGAACAGGCCUGCACAUGAUUCAAAGCUUCAUGUCCCUUACUUCGACACUGUUAUUUUUGCUUAUUUUUAAAUAAAGCCUCUUAGAAUCAAU